UUUUGUCCAGCUCUAUCGAAUUGCAGCCACUCUAAAAAAAACAACUGCGCGUAAUAAAUAUUUUUAUAAAUAAACCAAAUAAAUCACGCAAAAUUCCAGUCGUGACAGAUUAAACAAGAGAUUAAAAAGUGGUGAAACACAAACCAGCAAACAAGAAAGUACAGUUUACUUUAAUCGCACUCUCUGCGACCCAAAGUUCCCACCCUCUGCUAGAAAGAGUUUGACGUCAUCGACUGGGCAAACAUGAAAACCCCCGUUUCCGCUGCUGCGAAUUUAAGUAACCUGAAUGCUGGCAGUUCCGUUGCAACUGCCGUGCAGAUCGUACCGAAAACAGAGCCCAUUGGAGAAGAAGGUGGCCCCAUGUCGUUGGACUUUCAAGCACCAGGCCUCACAUCCACCCCCAAUCCCAAUAAGCGUCCCGGUUCCUUGGAUCUGAACAGCAAGGGUGCCAAGAAUAAGCGGAUCUUCGCGCCGUUGGUCAUUAACUCACCGGAUCUGCAGGCCAAGACCCUGAAUACACCCGAUCUCGAGAAGAUCCUGAUGUCCAACAACCUCAUCCAGACUCCACAGCCCGGCAAGGUUUUCCCCACCAAGGCGGGACCCGUCACCGUGGAGCAGGAGGCCUUUGGCAAGGGAUUCGAGGAGGCUCUUCAGAAUCUCCACACCAACUCGCAGGCUUUCCCGGCCGUCAAUCCAGCUCCCAGCAGCAAUACGGCCGCCGCUUCCGCCAUGACGGCGGUGAACAAUGGCAUCAGCGGAGGAACCUUCACCUACGCCAACUUGGCCGAUGGCUUCUCGGUGAUCAAGGACGAACCUGGCAACCCAGCCGGUUCGCCCACCGUCAGCCCCAUCGACAUGGAAACGCAGGAGAAGAUCAAGCUGGAGCGCAAGAGGCAGCGCAACCGUGUGGCCGCCUCCAAGUGCCGCAAACGCAAGCUGGAGCGCAUUUCGAAGCUGGAGGAUCGCGUGAAGGUCCUCAAGGGCGAGAACGUCGACCUGGCGAGCAUUGUAAAGAACCUCAAGGACCAUGUGGCGCAGCUGAAGCAGCAGGUGAUGGAGCACAUUGCUGCAGGCUGCACAGUUCCGCCAAAUUCGACGGCGGCCCUCCACGCGGAUCAAUAACAUAUGGACAUUGCCGAGGAGCCGUUGCAGAUGUCAGCCGGAGAGGACGAGGACGAAGAAGAUGUGGCACUGGAGACUGUAACUCCUUCGAAUCGAGAAGUUUCAGGGCAACCCAUUCCCCUAGAACUCUUUCUAAGUGCCACCACGAGUGCCUUGGAGUUGGAGGCCUCUGCCUCGCAGGAUAUCUCCAUGAAUGGCAGCGAUCUUCUGGAGGAGGAUAGCGAAAACGAAAGGCCACUAGUACUUUACAUCCUCUCGGACGACGCAAACUGAGAAUUUGGUGCCUUUCUUGACUUCGUACAACGGCUUUUGGUCACUAGCUGCAAUAUCUGGAAUGCUUUUUAAGUGUUUUGUUUACUUAGUUUUUAGUCUAAGCUAUAAUUAAUCAAGUAUUAUCUGUGUUGAACGUAAGAUAAUAUAAAAGUAAUGUAAAAAUACAAGUAUAUAUAUUUUCUGUA